CACCGUUUUACGUGAAAAAUAUCUUCAAUUCAACUAAUGUUAUCUUCCUACAGCUCAAACUUCAGUUACAGAGCAGCAGCAGCAGCAGCAGCAGCAGCAGCAAUGGAGCUCUGCGUUAACUUCCCAAAAAUUCUCAAUUUGAACCAAAAAACACAUCUUUUCUUCCAAGGAAGUUCCUUUCCUGAUUCUAUUAGAAACCCAACUCUCCAAUUUAAAAUCAAGAACCAAAAAAACCCUUUAAAUUUUCCUCAGAGACUCUCAUCUUUUUCCCGCCAAAUACAAUUUCUUCAACCACCUUCGUUUCCUUCCGGUUCCCGUCUACUUGCAGCUUCAACGGCUUCUGAAGUUGUAACGAACCGGCUUCCAGUAGAUAUCGAGGUUACCGAGACUCAAGAGCCCAAUUCAAGAGUAAAGUUGAGCGUGGAAGUACCUGAUGCAGUAUGCGAGGAUUGUUACAAACGUGUCUUGAACGAACUCACGAAGCGAGCCAAGGUCCCUGGAUUCCGCCCUGGAAAGAAGGUCCCAGAGAGUAUUCUUAUUAGUUAUGUCGGGAAGGAAAAUAUUCAAAAGGCUACAAUUGAAUCAAUUUUGGAAAGGACACUUCCCCAUGCUAUGUCUUCGGUAACUGGAAAGGCUUUGAGAGACUCAGUCCGCAUUAUUACCAAAUUUUCUGAAAUGGAAAAGACCUAUUCCUCUAUUAGCUCCCUGAGAUAUGAUGUCAUUGUUGAUGUGGUACCCGAAGUCAAAUGGAUACCUGAGAAUGGGUAUAAGAAUUUGAAGAUUGUUGUUGAAAUAGACAGAGAAAUAGAUGCUGAAAUAGCUUGUGAGCAUGAACUAAGACGCCGCCACAAGGCCUUAGGUUCUUUGAAAAUUGUGACCAACAGAGGGCUACAGGUUGGUGAUGUUGCAGUCAUUGAUAUAUCAGCAACCACUAUUGAUCAAGAUGAAUCUAAUGUUCAGGCAAUUCCAGCUGCAGAAAGCAAAGAUUUUCAUUUUGACACAGAAGAUGGUGAUAAAGUACUUGCUGGUUUCCUUGAUGCAUUGAUUGGAAUUAAACGUGGUGAGACAAGAUCCUUUCCACUUGUAUUUCCUGAAUCAUGGAAUCAAGAAAAUCUCCGUGGUGUUCAUGCUCAAUUCACUGUUGAAUGCAAAGAAUUGUUUUACAGAGAUUUACCUGAGUUAGAUGACUCCCUUGCUGAUAAGCUUCUUCCUGGAUGCACCACCUUGAAGCAGGUAAAAGAAUUGCUAUUACAAAGGUGCCAAGAAAUAGAGCAAACUGCUAAAGACCAAGCAACAGAUAAUGCAAUCUUAGACCAGCUGUGCAAGAUGGUAGAAGUUGAUGUUCCUCAAUCCUUGUUUGAGGAACAAGGACGGCAGCUCUAUGGAGCAAAACUUUUAGAGAUACAGGCAAACAUGAAACUAGAUGAAGAGCAGUUAGCGUCUCUAUCAAGUCCAAAGGCAGUAAAUGAAUAUCUGGAGAUGCAGAAGGGAAACAUAAUAAAUAUGAUAAAGCAGAAUCUGGCAGUAGGAGAUAUUUUUAAACGUGAAAAUUUGGAGUUUUCAAGUGAGAAGCUUGUGAAAGAAGUCCAGAAUUCAAUUGCUGAAUUCAAGCGCCACAAACAAAAAUAUGAUGAAGAGCGCGUGAAGGAACAGGUAGAAGAGAUACUAGAAGGUGCAAAAGUGCUUGAAUGGUUGAAAGAACGUGCAGAAAUUCAAUACAUAACUAGGUGAAAGAGAUGCUUCAGUGACCGUAGAGGCCAUUGCCCAUUUUGCAUUUGGGCCUAAGUAACGCCAAAUUGCAGAAUUUUCAUUUUUCCAGUGGACCUUGUGAUUUGUGAAGAAAAAAGUUAUAGAAUUGUUCAAUGAGAAUGCAGGAAGUUAAAGUUUGGAGUUCAUAGAGAUUUUGUAGCAUAUAAGGCAUUAAAUGUUUUCUAAGCAA